UCUGGAGCAGGUAGCCCUAUCCAAGAUGAAAGUCCACGCCACUCUGGUCUGGCUAGCGGUGACUGACGGCUGGAAAAAUAAAUGAAACUGCACUGCGAGGGGCUCACUUCCCAUAGAUUACAAGGGGACACCACUGGUCAUUCAUCACAAUGCACACAUUUAGGAGACUUGUCAGAAAGCUUUCUCAGGCUCUGUGGAAGGCUGCACAACUGAUGUCAAGUCAACACACGCACAUAUUUCAAAUUGUGCAUGAAACUAGCACAACUAACUCGUGUGAUCAUUUGUCUGCUUCGUGAGGGAACAACAGAAGUGGAGUCCGCUGGUAAAGCACUUCUUAACAUCACAACGAUAGUCAUGAGGGUCUCCACUCGCAGCCUCUGUGAAGACUAAAGCACACUAGCUGUUCCAGAUUGGUAUUCCCACAGGUACUCUAUCUCACUUUGCAUUUGCUUCCCUCUUAAGAUUUUAUGUGUUGCACACUUACUUACACAACUGUGACAUGUAAGGCAAUGAGUUCUACAGGUGUCUCCGCGAAAAACACGAAUUUCUCGCAUUUUCAUUUUACUAGCCUGGCUCUGCUGGGUCUCCUAAACAUGGACAACCUGUCAGCGCAAGGGGCAGACAACGAAACUCUGGACUUCAACGUACACGAACUGGAGAAGAUUUUGUUUCUUUUUGUAAAGGAACCGACAACAAUUGCACUGACAGUCAUGUAUGUUCUUUCUUUUGUUGUGGGCUUCGUCGGUAAUGCAAUGGCUAUUAAAGUACUCACCAGGAAGAGAAGUAAUAGGAUGUCCAGUAUGAGUGCCACGGGGAGUUUAUUGAUCAAUUUGGCCAUUUGCGACCUAAUGGUAGUGUGUGUCUGUAUGCCCAUAACGGUGGGUAACCUGAUCUAUAAAGCCUGGGUCUAUGGAGACUUUCUGUGCAGAGCAGUGCCUUUUACCCAGGCUGUCUCCGUGUCCGCCAGCGUCCUCAGCCUGACAGUCAUUAGCGUAAACCGGUAUUACAAUGUCCACAACCCGCUGAACGCUAGGUCCUUUUUCACGCAAAGAAAGAUCUUCUGGACUAUUGUAAUAGUCUGGAUUAUUUCAUCGGGUAUAUGCAUGCCACUUAUAUUCAUGAACAAACGGGACGAGAUUGGGUCUAUAGAGGGACUUCCGUUCGUUUUUCCCAUCUGCAGGGAAGUGUGGCCCCAGGUGAGACUUAAACAAGCAUACAAUUUUCUUCUGUUUUGCACACUUUAUUGCCUUCCUGUCCUGUUCAACUUGAUCAUCUGCUUUCUGACCGGACGUAAGUUAUGGAGCUCGCCCAGCCAUUUCAAGGGGUGCGAUUCAAGUAACCAGACCUUACCUGCUUCUAGGUUGAAAAUCAGGAAAAAAAUUGUGAAAAUGGUGCUUGCCCUAGUUCUCUUGUUUGCAUUCUCUUGGCUGCCUUUCUAUAUGGUGGACAUUUGGCUGGAUUUCAACAGUCCUACAUCUUCUACAGACGUUACUCCAUCUCCUUGGAUUCUGCAGUUGCGGCCUUUCGUCCAGUGGCUGGGACUUACCAACUCCAGUCUUAAUCCACUUUGCUAUUGCUUUGUUGGAGAUCUUUAUAGGUCAGCCAAGCAAAUAAAGAGUAGAUAUCACAGACGGCUAGUUUCCAUACUAAACUUUUCAUUUUCUGAGGGAUCCCCGUCUUCUUCCAUGCCAAGCCUCCUUUCCUACAAAAAUGCAGCCCCUUCUCAAGGUGAAGACUCCAGGCCUUCUCAGACAGAAGACAGGUUUAAGGACUGCUACUCCAUGGUGAGCAUGUGUGAGACCUCUCUGGCGUCAUGCCACCCUGUGGCUCUAAACAUUAAUUCUGAUGAUGAAGGAUGCAAAGAGCACAUGCACUUAGAAAACUUGUAAACUGUUUACAAAAUCAUGCCAUAAUUACAUAAACUUUCCCCCAAUAUGAGCUGCCCACAUCUCAAAGAAAGGUUUGUGAUAGGUAAGACAGUCUGUAAAUAAUAUCUUCUUGGAGUCUUAGACAUGCAAUUCUGUGUAUUCUUAUUGCUAACCACAGGACUCCAGUUUAUAAAAAAGUUAUAACUGGAAAAUGUUUCCAGUGGUAGGAGAUUGUUGAUCAAACACUUUAAAAAUAAUCAUUUAGGGAGUAUCACUUAUGGUCUGGUACAAUGUGACCAUUGUGGUGAUGGCUUGUCUCAAUAGCUUUUACUGCUAGUGUCUAAAACAGAAUAAACAAGAAGCACAUAAGAUAUUCAUGUUGUAGGCUAUCCAAAACAGGCUGUUAUCUGCAAAAAAAAAAAUAGAAUCUUUGACAGCAGGGUGGAAAUGUUCUCACCUGAUGCACAUAAAACUUUUAGGAUGGAUGAAGUAGCAACAUCUCCACUGCUCCCCGGUCUUCUGUCAUAUGUAGUGUUUAUUACUGUUCUUUAAGUUAAUUGUUAAGGUAAUAUUAAGACAGUUUCUGUAUAAUCAAAAACAUUUAAACAAAUCUUAAGGGGAACUAUAUGUAUUCCCUUUAAAUUGUGAUUAGAAGUAGUGUCACACUCUACAGCUGGCACUGAUAACCGAGAUUAAAUGGAAAUGUUCCCUAUUUAAUGUUGAUACGGUUUGUAUGAAACCCUGUGGUGAAGACUUUCUGCAGGUAAAUAUGCUUACAUUUCUUGUUUAUUAGAAGCAUUUGGUCAUGAAAUUGCAGCCUUAGAGCAAUAUGUUGAAUUGCUCUUUUAACAUUAUUCAUGAAUACUUGUGUUACAUGUGCUACUGUUAUCAUUACACAUCUGGAGAUGUUAUUAUGAGGAAUAUCUGAAUCAACUGAGAAUUCAUGAUCAGGAAUAUUUGCAUUAUUCUGAUUUACGACAUGUUAUCAAAAGUUGGAUCUAUAGCUGAUUUAAAUUUAAGGGUAGAUUACACCCAUGCAAACUGAUCUGGGGUAAGGGAAUUGAGAGCUUUACUGGUAUUUGUUACAGGAGGGCAUGGAAUGGACUCAUAUUAGACCAAUUUGGAAAUAGAUCACAUUGUCUUCAGGUUCUCAACAGUGUUGAAACUAACAAAAUUAGUUAGCUUGUGAUAGUGUGAAGGCAGUCUGAAGUUUUCUGAGGUUUACUACAGGUCAAGACAAAAGAAAAAAAAAUGCUACUUGAAACUUGAUGGUGGAACCUGAGAAAGAUAUCCAGCCUUUUCUUUGAGUGAUUGUAUUUAAAGAAAUAAAGGAUGCAUCCAUAAAAGGCUCUGCAGCUCCUGUGUAGUGACUCGCUGUUACUGAUCUGGGGAAUGACUGACCUCCAGGAGAAAAAGAGCUAAAAGUAACAAAGGAAUAAAUAUAGAAAUAAACGUGCUGUAGAAACAAAUGUAUUCAUAUAGUAUAUCUUUUUUUUCACUCAAAACUCAGAAUAGUUUUGAAAGCAUAACAAUUUCAACAAAGAGUCUGAUUUUUUUUCAGGGACUUAACCAUCUAAUGUCAUUGUUUCCUAGAGUAUUUGUCAACAGCAUUGUGAAGUUAUGUGCACAGGUUAUUAGAAUGUUUUCUUUAAUUUGUGUAAAUGAACACAGUAACAUUCUCCUGUUGUGAACUAUAUCACACCAUGAGCUGUAUGUUACGACAGCAUACAGGCCUUCGGGAUAGCGGUGUAAAAGAUUAAUAACAUGCAUUUCCUCAUGUGCUAACCAGAUAAGACUGGGUCCUGUCUUUAUUUCUAGGGUAACUUGGAUGCAUAUGGAAAGCUGCAAGAUUCAAACCCAUGUUUUGUAAGUAUACCAAAUUCAUUUGCAGCUCAGUGCUGCCAUGUUUUGUAUACUGCCAUGCUAUAAAAUAUGUACAUAUGAAAAGCAUAUAUAGAUAUACUGACCCUGAGUGUGCGCUUCUUUUGAGAUGCAAAAUAUGUCAUUAGAAGCAUGCUUUGCAUCACCUUUAAAUAGCUUAUAACAUUUAACUGAAUAUGCAAUGUAGUUACUCAGAAUAGCCAACGGCUGUUAGAUUUACAUUUCUAUCUGAUUAUUCAUUUGCACCUUAAAAUAUGGCUGUACUAAUAUUUCUAGGAUUUAACAGUGGGUCAAAAGAGCCUUUAAUUAAAAAAAUGCCAUUAAUUAUAUAGCUCUCGUUCACAACAGGGCAUCAAGUGGAACUGAUUGAUAAAGCCAGUUGAGUAAACUUUAUGCUGUAUGCUCAUUGAUUGUCUUUCCCUAUAAAAUAGUUAAAAUAUCAGAAAAGUAUUUGUGAGCAUUUAACAAAUUAGUUUGCUGCCCUGAGCAGCUACUUGUGUAUUUAAUAAUGAUGCAUAUGUACAUUGUUACUUUGUAUCUAAUUCAUGAGCUGUUUAAGGAAAUACAUGGUAAAUAUUUUAGUAGGUGUUUUCUGAAUGAAGCAUACAGAAUUUCUGUUAGUUUAAAAUACAUGCAUAGUUCAGUUCCUGCCAAGAACUGAAGCCUGUAUUCCGUUUCUAAUAGCCCAACAGACAGAGCAAUUCAUUACUUCUACUUUAAUCCAGUUUGUUUUCGAGGUGCUGAGGCAACAAGUUACGAAAGUGAUGCUUUUUUGGGAACAUGGAACAUGAAUAGUUGCUAAAGUUAAGCUAUAUUUGAAUAUGUGCCCCCCCCCACAUGCACGCACACACACACAC